CACUUGACAGCUGAGUGAAACAGCAAAGCACUUCGCGAUCUCCUCACCUGUCUAAACGUGAUGCUUGGAUGUAACGUAAACGUUGGUGUCAGCUGAGUUAGUGAUGUAGGUGGAGGAGGAGGAGGAGAAGAAGAAGGAGGUUUCGCUCACAACAGGAAGUAGACUGGAGUGUUACAACAAACAUCAUCGCUGGGCUUGGGGGGUAAUCUCUCCCAUUCCACAAUGCACCAGCAAGCGAUCGGAACACGGGAACGCUAAACGUUUUUAAUAGUUACACAAAGUUUAGGGGGGGGGACGUCUCGGACAUUGCGCAGUUUCCAGAAGUGGAGAUCGCCGUCUCGGGAUCGCUAAGAUGAAAGAAAUAAAAGGCUGCGGCAUGCGGUCCUCCGUGGGAUUCCUGUCCCGGAGAAAGAUAACCGGACAGCCUCUAAUGAAGGAGGAAUUCCAGAGACGAAGAUUAGCGGGAUGUAACAGCUUAUACAAGAAGGAUAUGCUCGGGCAUUUCGGCUGCGUUAACGCCAUAGAGUUUUCCAACAGCGGCGGAGAAUGGCUGGUGUCCGGAGGGGAUGACCGCAGGGUGCUACUCUGGCACAUGGAGAAGGCGCUGCAUUCCUGCUCAAAACCUCUCAAACUGAAAGGAGAGCACCUUUCUAACAUAUUCUGCCUGGCCUUUGACAGCACGAACCGACACGUCUUCUCUGGGGGGAACGACGAACAGGUCAUUCUUCAUGAUGUGGAGAGGGGUGAAACAGUGAACGUGUUUUUACAUGAUGAUGCAGUCUACGGAUUGUCUGUCAGCCCAGUUAAUGACAACGUGUUUGCCAGCUCUUCUGAUGAUGGCCGUGUACUUAUAUGGGAUACACGUGAACCACCGCAUGGAGAACCUUUUUGUUUGGCAAACUACCCAUCUGCAUUCCACAGUGUGAUGUUUAACCCAGCAGAACCCAGACUACUGGCCACAGCUAACUCUAAGGAGGGAGUAGGAUUGUGGGAUAUUCGCAAACCACGCAGUUCCCUUCUGCGUUAUGGGGGCAGUCUCUCUCUCCAAAGUGCCAUGAGUGUGCGCUUCAACAGCACAGGCACCCAGCUGUUGGCCCUGCGUCGCCGUCUUCCUCCUGUCUUGUAUGAGCUGCAUUCUCGUUUGCCCAGCUUUCAGUUUGACAACCAAGGCUACUUCAACUCCUGCACCAUGAAAAGCUGCUGCUUCGCUGGCGAUCGAGACCAGUACAUCCUGUCAGGGUCUGACGACUUCAAUCUCUAUAUGUGGAGAAUUCCUAAAGACCCAGAUGCAGGUGAGCAUGAGUGUAGGCCUCUUGUUAUGGUUACUGACAUGUUUGUGAAACUGAUUGUUCUUCCUCUGUUUUUUUUAGGGGGCCCAGGUCGAGUUGUGAAUGGAGCGUUUAUGAUUUUGAAGGGUCACCGCUCUAUAGUCAACCAGGUUCGAUUUAACCCCCACACGUAUAUGAUCUGUUCUUCAGGUGUGGAAAAAGUAAUCAAGGUGUGGAGUCCAUACCAGCAGCCUGAAAGUGUAGGAGACCUUGAAGGGCGUGUGGAGGACAAGUCUCGCAGUUUGUACACUCAUGAGGAGUAUAUCAGCUUGGUCCUCAACAGUGGGAGUGGCUUGUCCCAUGACUAUGUCAGUCAGUCCAUUCAGGAAGAUCCUCGCAUGAUGGCCUUCUUUGAUUCACUGGUGCGGCGGGAAAUCGAGGGCUGGAGCUCUGACUCGGACAGUGACUUGAGUGAGGGUGCCAUCCUACAGCUUCAUGCACGAGGGCGACGCCCACUGAGAUCUGGUCGAGAUGGAGGGAACAUCACUGCCCCCACAGGGACCUCUCCUGCCUCAGGCCAACAGAGUGAUGACUCCUCUUCCAUAGUGGGACCCCAUGGGUCAGAGGGAGAGUAUAGAGAGGAACUGGAGGGGGAAUCUUGGCGAAGUGGGAUAGGCCAUCAGUCAAUGCGAUUGAUGGAUUUGGUCAACGACUCAUCAGAUUCCAGUGGGUUCUGGCCUGACCCAAUGCCCAGACCACGUUCUCCUAGCCCAAGAAACAUCUCCAGUUUGUCUAGUCAUAGCAGCUCCCCAAUUGGGUCAAGCUCCUCAAACACCUCCAGCUCCACUUCUAGUAGUGAAACGGAAGAAGAGGAGCGCCGGAGAGCCAGAACCCGUCAGCGGAAUGCCACUAGGAGACGACGCAUGCGAAUCCCUUGCCACAAAGCGGAUCGCUCGGAGUCAGCGCAAACACUAUACUCAGGGGUGGAUUCUUGCAGUUACCCAAAGAUUUCCCUUGAGGAUUCAUCAUCAUCAUCUUCUUUGGUUGAGGCACAAGAUUCAGUGAAGAUUGUGCCCCAAGCGACUUCCUCCGCAGACAGGGACAGGCCUCAUAUUGAGUCAAGAAACCCAUACAACUUAAGCCCCAUUCCCUCACCAGAUAGACUGGGGGGUGAGGUGAGAGCAAUCAUGGUGACACAGGAGCGAGAAUCUGAAGCAUCGCCUCCCUUUUCCCAUGAUGAAAACUUUGAUAAGAGAGAGCUCAGGAGUGGGAAAGCAGAUGAAGUGGGAAUGAUCACUGUAGUCUCAGAGACUGCAAAGGAAGGGCAGGAUGUUGAUCUGGCUCAGAAUCACACCGUUCAGUCUUUAGACAGUGCUUGGGGCUCCCCACGGCAGCUGGAGCCAGGGAUAAAUGGGCAGAAAUGCCAUGAUGUACACGAUAGGGACUUGGACCAGAACUCUGGGUCGUCUACAUCAAAAGAGAGCGACGGUAAACUUGACAUGCAACUUUUUAACUCUAAAACCCGGGAAGAAAAAUAUCAAGGAUCAGCUGUACUGGACACUUCUAAGGGUCUACGCCUGAAACAGACUCGAGUCCAGCUAGAGGGAGUCGAUUCUGAUGGCUCACCCCCAGAAAAGUUAUUCAAGACGUGAUGUGAUGAAUUCUCGUGGGUGGAACGUGGGUGGAUUACUCGUCAGGGUUUUUCAGUUUUUGUUUUUAAAAGGAGACUGGUAACAUUUAAAAUAAGCACUGCAGACCUUUGACGCUAUUCAUAUAGUUUAAUGUAAAGAGAGGUACCCUUUAUGUUCCAUAUACCAUUUUUUUUUAGACUACACAUGUUGAUUUUUCAGUGUGUAGGUCAGUCAUUUUGGCUGACCAUUAAACUAAUGCCUGACUUAUUGUGCAUUAAAAUUGUUGGUGUUAAUAGAAGUGCUGGCCAUAAUUAUGGUAGUGCAUUUGCUAAUCCAGUUUUAUAAUAUUUUUGGGAUUAUUUUAUUGUAUUUGCUAAAAUAAAUUUCUUCAAAACUUAGUUGUCCAUAUGUGGACUGACAUCUAUAGCUCCCUUGAUUUAUGCUGAGAAAUGAGGAGGUGGUAUGGAAUCCUAGCAGGAAUUUUUGCAUAUUAGGGGGUGGUUUGUGGUUUAUGCUCAGGCUGUUAGAAUUGAUCCUGCAAAAUCCACUACAUUGAAACAUAUUGUCACGGUGUCCGUUUUGAGUUGUGCAUUAAUAGUUAUUUCAGUACUCUGGCAGUAAAUUGUUUUAUCACUUUCUGCAUUCAGGAAGGGUUUGUUGCUCUAAAGAACUGUUGGAUAAAUGCUCUGUAUUGUCUGCGACUGUUUAUGAACAGACAUUAAAUGUUCUUGAAAACUGA